AGAACCAUUCGUUGAAGAAUCGAACGACAGUAGCUUACACGUGCUAAUUUACCACGGGAGCAAAAACAGAAACAUGGCAUUCAGUUUUAACUUCGAUAUUCCAUUAGUGACAGAAGAAACGGAUGAUAAAGAAAAUAAAAGCGACAAAGCAAAAGAUGUGGAUCUAAAGUGCUCGAAAACCAGUACAACUGUCCUAAAGUUGAAGGAUGCUCUCGAACACAAACCUUCCUUGAAUCCUCUCUCCAAAAUUGAAAACUGGGUACCUGAAACCAUCACCAUAGGGUCUCUGCCUCCUCUACUUUGUCUGAAUGAAUCAGUGUUUGAGAAGACGUCCUGUGAAAAAGAGGACAGUGAGGAGAUUCUGGCCAAAACAUUGACACAAAACUCCGACCUCAUCUCUGGAGUCUAUGAAGGUGGACUGAAGAUAUGGGAAUGUACUUAUGAUCUCCUUGAGUACAUUGAUAAUGAAGGAGAGGUUUUCUCAGGAAAAAGGGUGUUAGACUUGGGCUGUGGUGCAGGUUUACUUGGCAUACUUGCAUUGAAGAGAGGAGCCAUCAGAGUCGACUUCCAAGAUUACAACAGCACUGUGAUAGAGCAGUUAACAAUACCAAAUGUGUUCCUCAACUGUGAAGAAGAUGAUGAGGAUGAUGAUGAUGAUAGCAGCCCACCGCUUAAGAGGAAAUCUUUAAAUUCGUCACAGGAAUUACUAGAUCAUUGUGGUUUCUUCUCAGGUGACUGGAACUCUUUUCUUGCACUUAUGCAAAAGAAAGCCUCAGUGCCAAAGUAUGACAUUAUCUUCACCUCAGAAACCAUAUACAACACAGACUAUUACGCUUCUCUUCAUAGCGUGUUUACUGAUCUGCUUGACAGGAAUGGAAAUGUUUAUUUAGCAACAAAGUCUCAUUAUUUUGGAGUAGGAGGUGGCCUUCAUAUGUUCGAGAACUUUGUGGAGGAGAAGAAUGCAUUUCAGAUCAAGUAUUUGAAGGAUGUGGAGGAAGGCCUGAAGAGACAUGUUGUAUCGCUGUCAUUCAAAAAGUGACAGACGUGUUAAUGUGUCUGCUAUUAUGGUGUGAGUAAACAAGAAAUUGGACAUCCAUCCUUUUAGGUCAAAUGCAUUGGCUAUAGGAACCCAUGUUGUGAUUUGCUACAAGAACAAUUGAUAGAGCGAAAAACUGGAAUUAUUUGGAUGAAACAUUCUGAAAAAUGUUACUUAAAACAAAUAUUAAAUCUGCAAUAAAUAGUAUGUUUUACAUGUUAAUUCUCAUGUAAACCAAUAUCAAACAAGGAUUGACAUUAGGCAUGGACCGGUAAAAGAUUCCGACAGUAUGAUACCCUUGGUUAGGGCUGGGUGAUUAAUCGAAAGCGACAUUCAGAACUUAAAAUUUAUCAAAUUUUUUCCAAGUCAAAUUUUUCGAUUAUUUUCCUUAGUGUAGUCACAUGACCCCACUCUCUUAAGACUGAUUCAUGCUUCUGCGUCGACUGCACGUGUAUGAUCCGGCACAGCCUUCGUGUGGUUGUAUACCCACAAACCUCUUGAAAAAUGUUACUAUAUAUCGCACGUUUGCUCUACAUCGAUGAUGAUUGAAAACUGCGCCGGAGAUGCCUUGAGAUGUCAUGUUAUCUAUUAUAAUAAAAUCAUUCUUUACAUAUAAAAUAUUUGUUAACUGAAGAUGCAAGAAAUGCACCAUUUAAAAUAUUACAUACAGGAUUUUUUUUUUAUUUAGGAGAGAUCUGGCUUAUUUUAUACUUUUAAAAAACAUUGAAAAUAAUUAAAUUUCCUUCUUAAAGUGCAAGUCAUUUUCACUUUUUUACAAGAAAAAAAGUGACUGUUUUAGGUAAUGUGGUUCAAUUUCAGUUCAGCACUGAUGUUCAAUAAAUAAUCAUAGGUGGUAGACACUGUGUAAACUUCAGUUAUUUUAAAAUCAAUGCACCCUUCAUUUAAAAAUCUCAAAUGUAAUAUGCAAGCAUAUUUACUGUAAAAAAUCUGUCAGUGGACUGUGAGGGCAACAAAAAUAAAAUAAAUAAUCAUUUAUUAAUUUUAAUGAAGUUAAAAUGUUCAAUUAAUCAAGAUUUUGAUUUAAGGUCAAAUCGCCCAACUUUACACUUGCAUAAACAUCACUCAAGUCAUGGUAUUGUGAUUACUGCUCAUUAACUAUUACUAUUACUCAUUAACGAUUACUGCGUCUUUUCAAACGCCUCGGUAAAAAACAAAAACUUUUUCCAUUUUGAACACAAUAUAUACACAAUUUAAUUUAUUUUGAGAAACAUUAAAAAAGUAUUUUGGAGCAGUAAAC